AUGCCUGAGUUUCGCCCCACCCUCCGACCCAAGGACGUCAUUCAGGCCGGAUCAUUUGGCGGAAUCUACUUCCAUCCAAGGGGAGGGCGAGCAGGCAUCAUCAGCCCAAAGGGCGUCGCCAUUGACCACAAUGAGUUCCCAGCAGACUGGUUCGAGGGGCUGGAUCCAGACACGUACAGAGGGCAGAAGUACAGAACAGAGCUCAACAAAUACAAGGUCAAUGCUGGACAGAACCAGGCAGCAUGGGAGGAGAAGGGGUGGAUAAAGCCAGAGCUGGAUCCGCGGGGCUGGUUCCAGUGGUACUGCCGCUUCUACAUGGGGCGGAGAACUGACGAUGACGAGCGCCAAAUCAAGAGGUGGCGGGGGGUAGCUGGCGAGAAGGGCCGCUGGAAGCGCGCUCUCGUCAACAGAGUGCUUGCCGCUAACAAGCACUACAACGAUGCCACUGUGAGCCCGGUGCUGCGCCAAACGCUGUUGCACUGGGCGUACGAGCUGACAGAGCGAGACUUUGAGGAAAUGCGCAAGAGGAUUUGA